ACUUGGCAUAAUAUGUCCCCUUGCAGCUUUGGCUUCCUUGAUCUUGAGAAGCCUACCUGGAUCUCCAUCAGUGAGCUUCAACACCUGUUCUAGCCCCAAGAUGGAAUCUUUUCCUCUGUUUUCUGACAAAACAAAGCAAAUCAAGUGGAUUGGAGGGACUCUAUAAAAGAAGAGGUCUAAAGCACAAAGUUUUGGAGCACUUUGAUGACCCAAUUGUCAUGGACCCUCCAAACCUUUCGCCACCUUUUGAAAACAUGCGUGGCAGAGAGGAACCUCUUAACUGGCAAAUCCCUCCACACUCUCUAUAUCAAGUCUCUCAUCCCCUCCUCAACCUACUUCUCCAACCACUUCAUCCUCCUCUACUCUAAAUGCCGCCUAUUAGACGCUGCUCAGAAUGUCUUUAACCAAACCCAUGAACCUAAUGUCUUCUCUUUCAACGUCCUCAUUGCAGCAUAUGCGAAAGAAUCGUUUGUUCAAAUUGCCCGCCAGUUGUUCGAUCAAAUUCCCGACCCAGACCUCGUAUCCUAUAACACUCUCAUGUCUUCUUAUGCGGAUUGCGGGGACACUCAGGCUGCAUUUGGCUUAUUUACGAAGAUUAGAGAGAUGGGUCUUUACAUUGAUGGCUUUACUCUUUCAGGGGUGAUCACCGCUUGUUGCACUAAUAUUUGUUUGAUUCGGCAAUUCCAUUCUUUGGCGGUUUCUGGUGGGUUUGAUUCUUAUGCUUCAGUGAAUAAUACACUUCUUACGUAUUAUGGCAAGAAUGGGUUGUUGACUGAGGCAAGUCGGGUGUUUCAUGGGAUGGGAGAGGUCAGAAAUGAGGUGUCUUGGAAUUCAAUGAUUGUGGCGUGUGGGCAGCAUCGAGAGGGCCUGAAAGCAUUGAAACUAUAUCAGGAAAUGGUUUGUCGAGGCAUUAAAGUUGACAUGUUUACUCUGGCAAGCGUUUUGACAGCAUUUACUUGCAUGGAGGAUUUCCUGGGGGGGCUGCAGUUUCAUGCUAAGUUGAUCAAAUCUGGGUUUCACCAGAAUCGUCAUGUAGGGAGUGGUUUAAUUGAUUUAUACUCCAAGUGCAGCAAUGGGGUUCGUAUGCUUGAUUCUAGGAAAGUGUUUGAAGAGAUUCUUGAACCUGAUUUAGUCCUUUGGAACACGAUGAUAUCUGGGUAUUCACUAAACGAUGAGUACUCUGAAGAGGCUUUCAAUUGCUUCCGAGAAAUGCAACGCGUUAAUCACCGCCCUGACGAUUGUAGCUUUGUGUGCGUGAUUAGUGCAUGCUCCAAUUUGUCUCCUUCUCUGGGAAAACAGAUUCAUGCGCUGGCAAUGAAAUCUGAGAUUCCUGCGAAUAAGAUUUCAGUUAACAAUGCUCUUGUUGCUAUGCAUUCAAGGUGUGGAAAUCUCCGUGAUGCUAGACGCGUAUUCGAUAUGAUGCCUGAGCACAAUACUGUCUCUCUAAAUUCGAUGAUAUCAGGUUAUGCACAACAUGGGAUUGGAAAAGAAGCACUAUGUCUUUUUAGACAGAUGCUUGAGGAUGAUAUUGCCCCAACAAGCAUAACCUUCAUCUCUGUUCUUUCUGCAUGUGCACACACUGGAAAAGUUGAGGAUGGUCAGAAGUAUUUUGACAUGAUGAAAGAGAAAUUCGGGUUAGAACCAGAAGCAGAACAUUAUUCUUGCAUGAUUGAUCUUUUAGGACGAGCUGGGAAGCUAAGUGAAGCCGAGAGGCUGAUUCAGACAAUGCCAUUCAGUCCGGGAGCCAUUACUUGGGCUGCCUUGCUUGGUGCUUGUAGAACACAUGGGAACAUGGAUCUAGCAGUAAAGGCAGCCAACCAAUAUUCUCUGCUGGAACCUUCAAGUGCUACACCUUACGUCAUUCUCGCCAAUAUGUAUGCUAGUGUUGGUAAAUGGGAAGACGCAGCUAUAGUUAGAAAACUUAUGAGAGAGAGAGGUGUGAAGAAGAAACCGGGUUGUAGCUGGAUCGAAGUGAAGAAAAGGGUACAUGUCUUCGUGGCUGAAGAUUUUUCGCACCCAACGAUUAAGGAAAUUCAUGAGUUCUUGGAGGAUAUGUCGAAGAGAAUGAAACGAGCAGGAUAUGUACCUGAUGUGAGGUGGGCUUUGGUUAAAGAUGAUGAAAUAGGGCACAAGGAGAAAGAGCUCAUGUUGGGGCAUCACAGUGAGAAGCUAGCUGUUGCAUUUGGCCUCCUCUCAACAAAAGAUGGAGAGCCUAUACUUGUAGUGAAAAACCUAAGGAUCUGUGGGGAUUGUCACAAUGCUAUCAAAUUUAUAUCUUCUCUUUCUGGCAGAGAAAUCACGGUCAGAGAUACGCAUAGAUUUCAUAGAUUCAAGGAUGGGCAGUGCAGUUGUGGGGAUUAUUGGUGACAAUUGGUUAGUGCCUGUAAAAUUACUACUACUUAAUGCCACCUUAAUGUAAGGCAGACUAGUACAUUAAAAGAAUAAUAUCAAUAUGGGCAUUAGAUGGUAA